AUGGACGAUUCCAAUGCCUCAACGAUAUUGGUUUCCGUCUUCAAAGCAGUCUUCCGUGGACUGGUCGUUCUAUCUGCGUACACCUGGACUCUCCUGUACUCUGUCCUUUACGUGAUCACCUGGCCCGUACUCUCGGUGAGCAAUGGCCUUCUUUCCAUUGCGCUUUUGCCUUUACGAAUUCUCUUGAAGUUUGAGGCAAUUUUGACAUUUGGAAUGGUCGCUGCCAUCACUGGAGCUACCGUCGGCAUUUGUCUAUAUCUUACAGGAGAUUUCCUGUCCAGGGUGUUUCUAUUGAGUUCGUCAGAUCACCAGAAACCAAUGAAUAUCGACUCAUUGAAAAUUGAGGACUCUACCUCGACCUAUGACUGGGAAUCGAAGAUGUACUUGUCAUCGACUAUCUUAGAGGAAGAAGAGACUAGCCAGGAUUCCAGGGAUGAAUGA